CCAUUUUAAGGAAGUCCCGUUUAGUCCGCAAACAGCCAUUCCUUCCCAGCAUCUUUGUCUCUUGAUUUGGAGGCCAAAAACACUUUUAAGGCAAACAGGAUUUUCUGUGGCGGGGGGGGGGCAAUCCCUGAUGCAUUCCCCCCCCCCGUGGCAGGAGAGGACCGCCAGCUCUUGGGAGGACCCAGGCCAGCAGAAGGAACCACCCCUCCCCUUCCAGCGCCAAGGGGAUGGCAUCUUCCUUGCUGCGUCAAACAGAGGUGGUGAUGCCAAGUCUUUGGAGAGGCUGCUAAUGUAGAGAGCCAGAAGCCCAGGCAGGUCCAGGGAACAGCAGCUCGGCCUCCCUUUUUUCUGCGCAUUGGGGUGGAGGAGGAGGAGGACGAAGAAGAAGAGGUGGAGGAGGAAGAGGAGGGUCUUUCAUCCUGCCCACCGCUGCACGGCACAGCUUCCUGAGACGCUUCAGCACCACAGAGAGCGCAGUGGAAACGCGCUUGGAUUUCAGCACCGCGGACAGCGGCGCGGUGGGAAGAGCCCAUUUUUUUUUUGAAAAGGCUGGGGAGGGGGAGGCAGACUGGAAGGACGACGCCCCCACCCACCUUGGAGACCCCCUAUUUCCCUGCCCUCAACCCACCCUCUUCUCACUGGAGCCUAAGCUGCUGAAGACCCCCCAGGGGGUGAAAGGGGAAGACUGGGGGAGGGAAGGGAUGCUCCUUCCGGAAAGAACAAGAUGAAGCCAUCCUCCAUGGCUCUCCUCGCCGGCCUCUGCCUCCUGGGGAUCCUGAGAAGGGGUCUUGGGACCGACACGGAGGAACGGCUGGUGGAGCAUCUCCUAGACCCGUCCCGGUACAACAAACUCAUCCGCCCAGCCACCAAUGGCUCCGAAUUGGUCACGGUGCAGCUAAUGGUCUCUCUGGCCCAGCUGAUCAGCGUGCACGAACGAGAGCAAAUCAUGACUACGAAUGUAUGGUUAACGCAGGAAUGGGAAGACUAUCGCCUGACGUGGGACCCGGAAGACUUCGACGACAUGAAGAAGGUCCGGCUGCCUUCCAAACACAUCUGGCUGCCAGAUGUGGUGCUUUACAACAACGCGGAUGGCAUGUACGAGGUGUCCUUCUACUCCAACGCUGUGGUCUCCUACGACGGAAGCAUCUUCUGGCUCCCUCCGGCCAUCUACAAGAGUGCCUGCAAGAUCGAAGUCAAACACUUCCCCUUCGACCAGCAAAACUGCACCAUGAAGUUCCGCUCCUGGACCUACGACCGGACGGAGAUCGACCUGGUGCUGAAGAGCGAAGUGGCCAGCUUGGACGACUUCACCCCCAGCGGCGAGUGGGACAUCAUCGCUCUGCCGGGACGGCGCAACGAGAACCCCAACGAUUCUACCUAUGUGGACAUCACCUACGACUUCAUCAUCCGCCGGAAGCCGCUCUUCUACACCAUCAACCUGAUCAUCCCUUGCAUCCUGAUCACCUCCUUGGCCAUCCUGGUCUUCUACUUGCCCUCUGACUGCGGGGAGAAGAUGACGCUCUGCAUCUCAGUCCUCCUGGCCCUCACCGUCUUCCUGCUCCUCAUCUCCAAGAUUGUGCCGCCCACCUCCUUGGAUGUGCCCUUGGUCGGCAAGUAUCUGAUGUUCACCAUGGUGCUGGUCACCUUCUCCAUUGUCACCAGCGUCUGCGUCCUCAACAUCCACCAUCGUUCCCCCACCACACACACCAUGCCUCCUUGGGUCAAGGUGGUCUUUCUGGAGAAGCUGCCCACCCUGCUCUUCCUCAAACAGCCUCGGCAGAGCUGCGCCCGCCAGCAGCUGCGGCAGAAACGGCAAAACCAGGAACGGGCGCUGGGCGGCUUCUUCCUCCAAGGAGGGACCCGCUCCUGCACCUGCUACGUCAACCCGUCCACCGUCAAGAAGUUUGCCACCGGGAGCAGCAGCAGUGGCGGACGGACCUUCACCGAAAGUUCCGAAGGGGUCAGUGGAUUUCGGGAGCAGCUGGGCCAAGCGGUGCCCCAGCAAGACGCCUGCUGCUGCGGGCUGGAGGAGGCGAUUGACGGGGUGCGCUUCAUCGCCGACCAUAUGAAGAGCGAAGACAAUGAUCAGAGCGUCAGCGAGGACUGGAAAUACGUAGCGAUGGUGAUUGACCGUCUCUUCUUGUGGAUCUUCAUCUUUGUAUGCGUCUUCGGCACCAUCGGCAUGUUCCUCCAGCCUCUCUUCCAGAACUAUGCCACCAACUCCCUCUUGCAAAUAAACCAUAAUUAGCCCACUUCCGAUGGUGGCUAAGAGUGGUCUCCUUCUGCAUCAGGAGGGAGAAAGGGACGACCGCCAUGGUUCCUCCCAGGGAACACUGUCUCAAGAGGUGACCAAAGACCUUUAACCCAUCCAUCUCUUGGCCCUUGGUUGAAGGCUAGGGAGACAAGACAACUUGAGGAGGACCUCAACAAGUUCUGGAAGGGGUUCUUUGUUGCUUUGGAAAAGCCUGUUGACCAACGGGAUGACCUGGUCAACCAGGUUAGCAGACCUCCUUGGAAUGGGGUGUCCAGUCACACAUCCCUGCCCUACCGGGACCAGCUUGAGUAGCAAGGAACAGCUAAGUGAGAAAUUUCUCCUAUUCAAGGUGGUCAAACCAUAUCCCUUGCUGUCCUGAGGUCCUACUCAGAGGUGGCUCUUGGGGGGAUGGCUGGUUUUCCCAAACCCUUUCAGGAACAAGCUGGUCCCAUCCAGGAUGGAAGACCUCCAUUUUGGAGCAGGAGGAGGAGAUGCACCAAGGGUGGUGGAGAUACCUCCUGCAGUUUCACUGCCUUUGGGCAUUUUAGAUUAGUCCUUCUCUCCUAAAUAAACAAACCAUGGCUUAGUUAUGGGGUAUUAGCUCCCAACUCAGGAAAUAUAUAUAGAUAUAUAUACAGAUAUUUAUGUUUAUAUCCAUCUUUCCUGGAUGUCUCCAUGAAGCUGCAGAAUGGACUUUGCUGCAGCAAAUUAGCUGUUACCGAACGAUCUACAGGUAGUCCUCAGCUUAGCGACCACAAUCGGAAUCAGAAUUGACGUGCAAAGCAAGGCGGUGGGUUAAGCCAGCCGCACUCGCUUUUACGACUGUUUUGCUUUCCUGGGGUUGUUAAGUAAAUCAAGCAAACCCAACUUUCCUUAUUGACUUUUGCUCGUCAGAAGGUCGCAAAUGGGGAUCACACGACCGCGUGGAAUGGGCAUUAAAAUGCAGAGCCCGAUCAGGCGAUUGUGGGGCUGCUGGGACGGUCCUAAGUGUGAGGAUAAAUCGUAACUUUUUCCCCCAGCGGUAUCGUGACUCUGAAAGGGUCGCAAAACCAAUCAUCGUAAGCCGAGGAUCUGUAUUUGAUUUUUUAAAAAAUUCUUCUGGCCAGGAUAAACCAGCAGGUGAGAUUUGCUUACCUGCCCACAGGGAUGGAGGUCCAAAAGGAAGAGAAAAAAAAUUGAUUUAGGCCGAGAUCAAAGUCCUUGACCGUCUUCCUGUCCUCUUAGCCUCUCUGACCAAUGCUAGCUUUGAAACAACAAUAAAAUAGAUCACAUAGACUGGA